GUCGAAUGUACUCUCAGUUGGCGUCGCGACGUCGGCGUCGAAGGUACGCGGGGGAGAUUCUCGUUCAUACCUGCUGGAUGCACAGCAGAUCCGUGAUUUUGAUCUCGCGUGAAAGAAAUACCCUUAAGAUAUAUGCUACUGCCUGCGACUCGGUGUUUGGUUUGAAGUUCGGAGCUGGGAACAAAGCUGGACGAAAUGGAAUCGAGCGGAAGAGCGCAUUGCAGAUUACUUUAAAAUGACUCUCCACAGUAAUACUUUGGAGGAUAACGAGACAUCGUAAGGAUUCAGAUAAGAGAGUGUGCGAAAGGAGCAAGGGACCACCGCGGUAGUUCUGGAGUCUUGGAUCGUUAACGGCUCGAGAUCAGCAUGACGAUUCAAUCGCAAUUCAUCGUUGAGCCGCCGUCGCAACCCUCACGGAUCGCAGGAUUCGUCGGGACGAUAGGGUAGCCAAGGACGGUCGGCCAGUUUCGCGGAGGAGGGAAAGUUCCUCUUUCAAUCGCUGUACAAAAGGAUAGCUCGUGUGAUAUUCCUAUCCUUUCAGUCCAUGUCAAGGAACGAGCGAAGGUUCGUGGGACGCGGAAGGAAAUCGAAAAGGACACGCGUUGAGAGAGCGAUCAGAGACGUGUCUCUCGUCGAAGGAAAUCUCGCGGCGAGAAUUCCUUUCCCGUUCCGUAUGAGUGACUCAAUUAUACGACGUCUUUAGGUGCAGCAGACUCGAAAAUCGAGUCUCUGCUGGGAUAACAGCUAUGCGCGGGAAAAUAACGAGAAAUAUUAACACGACAGAUAUAAAUUAAGUAAAAUAUAUCAUAAAUUAUCAAAUUAACACAGCAGUCUCUAUUAAAUAUAAAAAUAAAUAUAAAAAUACAAAAAUAUAAAAUGAAGAUAUAUAUUGGAAGUACGUCGAUAGAGUGCGUAGAGAUUUUCGGAGAUCGCGCGAGAGUUUCUUCACGAGAAUAAUCUAUUCAUGUGCUUCGACAACGCGUGGAUCGAUCGAUCCUCGGUUAUCCGGCAGGUCUAGAAAAUAGCGGGGAUACAAAAAGGAUAUACACUGCAGGAAUUAUUACUGGGCUAUUACACACCGCUCGAGGGAAACUGCGCAAGAUCUGCCUUUAUAAACUAUUCUCAUCAAGUGGCGUCUAUACGUUCGACAGGUUUACGCAGUGCGAAUAAUGGACGUGUGAAUAUCGAACUGGCUACUUGACGAAAAUACUUGACAGCGCAACCUUUCUCUCUCUCUCUCUCUCUCUGUCUUCUUUUAUAAUCUCUCUGCACGGGUCAAACACGCACACACGCAAAUCAGAUCGCGAUCAGAUGUCCUCUACGUAGACAGUGGCAGCUGCAUCAAGGUAUCUCUCGGGUGGAUAUAAACGCGAACGAAGAAUGCAUAUCUCGAGACAUAUUCGGCCCUCGAGAGCACAGCCAGACUGUUCCUCCUCGUGACGGAUUCUCUCGACGAGGACCUCGACGUGCAACUGGAGACCUACCGUGGAAAUCGAGGCAAGCUCGUUGAUCGGAUACGCUAAGAAGACGACGACAGCGAGGCGCACGAUUUCGCGAAAAUGUCGAGCUCACCGCGAGUACGGAAGAUGCCGCCCAGGCCGAAGAUCACGCUGCCGGUGCCCGGACAAUACUAUCCGCAAACGGGCAUGGGUUACGUGCCGACACCGUAUGGACAAACACCGGUGCCGAUGACGCCGGUUUCCGGGCAGCCGCAGAUGUUCUACUCGAACCGGGCCAGCGAGUUCGUCUUCACGCAAUUCAAGGGGAUCAAGGACCUGACGAAGUCCGGGCUCAGUGUGGGAGAGAAGAGCGCCUUUUGGCUUUACGAGAAGGUUAGCUCCUGGAGCAAGAGGUGGUUCACGCAUAUCUUCUUAUUCGUCAUCGUAUUUCUGUACAGUAUCGCCGGGGCGAUGAUCUUCGUGACAGUCGAGGGCACGCACGAGGAGAUUCUCCACUUCAACAUUCGGAAGGAGAGGAACGAAACGCUCAAAGUGAUCCGUGAGCUUUGUGAUGAUUCGGUGUUGGCGUCAAACAUGGAGCUUUGGAGAGGACAAGCGGCGAACCGCCUCAUGAAGUAUGAGGAACACCUGUAUGAGUUCUACAAGCGGGGCGUGACGGACCUCGGCCAGAAAGUUUGGACGUUCUGGAAUGCCGUCUUCUACUGCGGCACCAUUUACACGACCAUCGGGUCACAGGGUCAAACGGUCAACCCCUCAGCGGUGGUGGUGCAGCGUGAACAAGAUGUAGGAUGGUUUGCGGUAGAUGCAGGCGCGGCGUCGCGACGCCAAAGCGGGCGGGCGAGCUUUCGGUUGCGCGCGGCUCUCCCGUUCGAUAUCCGCUGCGGCAAAAGCCGGUUAUCUGGUUCCGCUGUCGCCUGGUAG